AUGAGUAUGAGGAAAAAUGCUAAUUUACACUCGGGAAGGGUAUUUAAUGAUAGAAGGUGGAUUAUUCCGUUUUUUGCUAGUGUGGCUGUAUGGAUUACUCUGUUUACGACGGCCAUUUUUUGGUUAUAUUCAUCUUCAUACGGUGGGGAUCAAGUGCAAUUUGACGUUAUUUCAUUCUCAAAAUCAGAGGACUCUAGUGGAUAUUUUGUAGAAUCAGAUAUAAAGGAAUCAAUGGGGAGUAAUGAGGUUUCGAAGUUGGAACCACCUAGAUUAGCUUAUCUUAUUUCGGGCACCAAGGGUGACAGUCAAAGAAUGAUGAGGACUUUGCAAGCUGUGUAUCAUCCAAGAAACCAGUAUAUUUUGCAUAUGGAUCUUGAGGCUCCGCCACGUGAAAGGUUGAAUUUGACAAUGUCUGUGAAGAUUGAUCCAACAUUUCAGGAAGUGCAAAAUGUUCAUGUAAUGGGGCAAUCCAAUUUGGUGACAUACAAAGGCCCUACCAUGAUUGCUUGUACCCUGCAAGCAAUUGCAAUUUUGUUGAAGGAGAGCCUGGAUUGGGACUGGUUUAUAAACCUCAGUGCUUCAGAUUAUCCGCUAAUGACUCAAGACGAUCUGCUUCAUGUUUUGUCUAAUAUGUCCAGAAACCUCAAUUUCAUUGAACACACCCAGAUUUCUGGGUGGAAACUAAAUCACAGAGCAAAGCCAAUCAUUGUUGAUCCAGGUCUGUACUUGUCCAAGAAAUCUGACCUUGCAUCGACUUCUCAGCGUCGAUCUCUUCCCACGUCCUUUAAAGUGUUUACUGGGUCAGCAUGGGUGAUGCUAACCCGGUCCUUCGUGGAAUACUGUAUAUGGGGAUGGGAUAACCUUCCACGAACUAUUCUUAUGUAUUAUACAAAUUUCCUCUCCUCUCCAGAAGGCUAUUUUCACACUGUCAUUUGCAACACGGAAGAGUUCCGUAACACUGCCAUAAGCCAUGAUCUGCACUACAUUGCUUGGGACAAUCCUCCGAAGCAGCAUCCUCUUUCGUUGUCAAUCAAGGACUUUGAUCAAAUGGUCAACAGCAGUGCCCCAUUUGCUCGAAAAUUUCACAAGGAUGACCAAGUUUUGGACAAGAUUGACAAAGAAUUGCUAGACCGCACAAAUCGGUUUGCACCUGGGGCAUGGUGUAUUGGAAGUUCAGAUGGUGGGGCUGACCCCUGCGCCUUGCGUGGUGAUGAGUCAGUGUUUAGACCCGGUCCUGGUGCCAAGAGGUUGCAAGAUCUAUUUUCGAAACUGUUGUCUGAAGAUUUUCGUGCCAAGCAGUGUUUGGCUAAAGGGUGA